AUGGUGUUGAAGACUUUGUUAACUUUUGACACGAAUGACUACAGAUCUAGAUUCCAGGGAUACUACGACCCACAGCUGCAGAAGAAAGAGGUCGUCCUGAUCGGAACGCUAUACUCGAGCACGGCGGGCGUCAUCAGUGGCGUCGUUAUGGCUCCCGAGACCGGAGGUGGUUUACCCGUCAGUUCCGUCGCUAAUGGCAGGGCAAUGGAACUUGUCGAGCGAAAGCUUGCAACCGUCCGAGCCGAACUCAAGAGUCGUAGCGUAGCAGGCGCGAUCGGUGUACUCCCGGGCGUGGAAGGACAUCCGGUCGGCACUGUCGUUGGUGCCGCUCUGAACCUGGUCGGAGUCGGGACACAACCUCUUGACCAUGUCCAAACCCCUCCAGACCGCCCAAUCAAUCAAGGACCGAACAACUUGCAGAAAUUCAGGAGGUCGCUGACCGAGUCUGCGUCCUCGAAAGCCCGAUCCCUGCAGUGCCCUUUCUCAUCCGAACACAAGGAUCUAUUUCGCAAGUACAACAAUCUACUGAGAAGUAAGAAGACACUGGAAGGACGGUAG